GCGCUGGGUGCGUAUCUGCGUCACUGAUAGAUGUUGUCAGUGGGGAGGAGAAGCUGUAGAACAAGAAAAACCAAGAGCGGCUUCCAGAAGAGCGCCGGGCUUCCUACCUACUUUCGACGCAGAAGUUCGACCUCGUACGAAUAAAACGAAAUAACAAUGGUUAAGGUUUCUUUCAACUCAGCCUUGGGUCAAAAAGAUCCGAAAAAAGAGGAGGACAAGAAUGAAGCCUUAAUUCCCGACGAGACGGAUUUGGAGAAUGGCGUGCGGGUUCGACAGCAGUCCAAAGCCUGGUGCUGGUGCCUGUGCCUGGGCCUGGCCCUCAUGCUGGCCGGCGUCGUCGUGGGAGGAGCCUACCUGUACAGAGAGUUCCUGAUGCAGGCAUGUGGCACAGACAGCACUAUGGAGCCACAGGUCUUCGUGUGUGGGGUAGGCUACGUCGAGAAGGACUUCAUGAUCGAGGACGAGGAGCCCAUCCCCCCACAGCGCUGGAUCCAGGAGAGCAUCCGCGUGCUGGAGGACGACGAGGUCGAGUUCAUUAAUGUUCCCGUGCCUGAGUUCACCGACAGUGAUCCCGCUGACAUCGUCCAUGACUUCAGAAGGAACCUGACCGCAUAUCUGGAUCUCAGUCUUAACAAGUGCUAUGUCAUUCCCCUCAACACCUCCAUUGUGCUGCCGCCCAGAAACUUUGUGGAUCUGCUGGUAAAAAUCAAGGCAGGGACAUACCUGCCCCAGUCAUACCUGAUCCAUGAGCAGAUGAUGGUGACUGAGCGAUUGGACAAUGUGGAUCAGCUGGGGUACUUCAUCUACGGUCUCUGCCGUGGCAAGGAGACCUACAGACUCGAGCGCAGGGACACCAUUAUUGGUAUGCAGAAACGGGAAGCCCUCACAUGCCACAAGAUCUUCCAUUUUGAGAACAGGUUUGUGGUGGAGACUGAGAUCUGUGAGCAGUAGGUCUCCCUGUGGCCAGCAGCCAGGCCUCUCUGCACCUCUCUUGCAUCACUCUAG